AAUUAGAAAACACAAUAAAUGAGAAUUCCAGCUCUGAUUUGCCUUCUUCGUCUAUAUGUGUUAGGAAACGUUAGGACUGGUUAGGAAUCGCUCAGACAGCCAACUGCACUUUUAGUGUGAAUUUCCCACCAUACCCCACUGUGGGACGAAUGUAUACAUCUGCAUCCAAAAAUGUUAUCCUCAACUGAGAAACGACAUUCUACCUUAUUUGGACUAGGUUUUUAUUUAGAAGCAGUUGUUCCAAAUAAAUCAGUACUAUGUCAGAAAUACUUCUAAAUACAAACACACAACAACAAAAGUUCUUAUAAAAAUCUACAGGAGCUUAACAUCCAUCAUACAUGCCCCACCAUUCAUCUAGCUAUGCAUCAGUCCGUGAAUCCAAACACUCCCAUUCAUCCUGACAGUGUGAUGCCUGACACUCAGCAGCACAGAGGGGCAUAUAGAAACUUGUUCCAGUGUGUUUGCUUAGUGUGAAAACACCGAUGAACUAGAAUGCAAAACAUAAUGUGUUUAAUUUCAUCCGCUCCUGCUGUGUGUAAAAAAAAGUUAAUUUGUAGAACUGUACUGACCUCUGCUGGCCAAAAUGAAAUAUUAUAUUUAAAAAACAUUGUAAACAUUGGUUUACUGCCCUCCACACCAGCUAGUGGCAGUAAUGAGUCUCUUCCAAUCCAAUGAGUCGGCAUGUGUCUGUCUGAAAACGAAGAGGCGCUGCAGACGAAGAAACAUCUGCUACAGUAGUUGUAGACGUCGUUUGGCUGUUAAAACGCAUGUUUUAUCUCCGAAGCUAAUAGGCUUCCUAUUAGCUCCGGAGACUGCACGGGUUUAUGUGUUGUGCUUUGCGAAAAAGUGCAGAACUGACUGGUUUGAAAGAGGAAAAGGUAGCUGCUGUUCCAACACCAGUCAGCAGCUGGGACCUUUGGAACCUGUUGCUGCAGCGACACCCAAGACUGCAGACUCUGCAGGACAGGGUGGUGUUGGCAGUGCGUCAGCAGUGCGUGGCCAAUGGCGACCAGGUGGAAGUGACGCUAGGAGACGGGGCAAGACAGUAUGGAUGACCCGGUCGCAGAUAACACUCCGAAAAACAAAAAAAAGAGAAAAGAAUAGUGGAAAAGAUCACAAACAUUUCACAUCACAGCCGUUCUCCAUUACUGUAACCCUCCCCUCGGCUUUUGGGUACAGAUGACCAUGCCCUUGUUCCUUUGGGUACAGGUGACCCGGUGGCAGACAAGGCGCGUCUGUGCUUGUGUGCGUGUUCGACAACUGUAAAAAGCCUGAGAAAAGAAACAAAGAAAGAAAAAACAGAAUAGUGGAAAAGACCACACAAACACUUCACGUCACAGCCUUUCUAUUAUCCUAACUGUGCCCACGUCCUUCGGGUACGGAUGACCCGGAGGUUGAACUCUAACCACGGCCUUGUUCUUUCGGGUACGGGUGACCCGGUGGCGGACAACACGCAUCGUUAUACGACUGUGAAAGGACUAUAGAAAAAGAAAAAAAAAACAAAAGUGGAAAGAAUAGUGGGAAAGAUCACACAAACACUGCACGUCACAGCCUUUCUCUAUUUCUUUCAAUAAAGUGAACAAAGGACACGAUGACACACACACACGUCAUAUCAAAUUUUUUUAAAUUUGUAUUUGUUUCCAUUCUAUAUUUUGUUUUUAUUAUGCUCUUUGGUCUCACAAAGGGGCGAGCGAAAACCACGCAUCCCACCAGUGAACUCUCUAGGUUACCUCAGACCGAGCCCUAAUACGCCUCGUUCUCCAGUCUUCACCUUCGAGAGCUGGAUCUGCAAAACAGCAGAAACAGGCUCUUAGUCCUCGGCGUUCUCGGGCACCUCCUGAUCGCCAAGGUUCUUCUCCGGAGGGAGCACUGGUUCCGGGUUCUCCCCAUUGUCUCCGAGGAGAGAUGGAUCCCUGAAGUUUGUGCGACGGCACUCGGUUAACAGGUCGUAAACACAUAAAGGCAAAAAAGAAAUGGUCCGAGAUCCCGUAUCACUAUCCAUAUAAUUUGCACAUUGAUGGAAUAGACAGUAAAUCGUCUCGUUCCCUAAAUAGACGCUCCCGUCUUACUGCCGCUGCAAUUGUUAAUAAAAUGUCUUCAACA